CGCCUCGCACUGUCCAUUUUUUCCAAUUAUUGUUCCUUUUUUUUAUUGUUUUUAAUUAAGAUGGCGGCAGGCAAAGUGGUAUGGCCAGCGAUUUCUUGCUCUUCUUCCGGUCUCGACAGUGGCCUGUCAGUACCUCUUCCCAAGGCCGGCUUCGUGAAGUUACCGUUACCGGCGCCGUUGACUUCUUUGGGGUUGAGUAGUGGCAACAAUGCGAGGUUGAGCUCGGUGCAGGCGACUGAGGAAUCCACCGUAGUGAUUACGGAUGAUCACGUUGCUGUUAUUUCAGGUGAAAAUCUCCACCAGAUGGCUACGAACAUUGUAUGGCACAAAAGUUCAGUUGGUAAACUUCAUCGACAGGAGUUGCUUCAGCAAAAGGGUUGUGUCAUAUGGGUUACGGGUCUCAGUGGCUCAGGAAAGAGCACUUUGGCGUGCGCUCUGUGUCAAGCCUUGUAUUCAAGGGGAAAAUUGACUUACAUCCUUGACGGUGAUAAUGUUCGGCAUGGUUUAAACCGUGACCUUACUUUUAAAGCAGAAGACCGAGCUGAAAACAUACGAAGGAUGGGAGAGGUAGCCAAGCUCUUUGCUAAUGCUGGCAUCAUCUGCAUUGCUAGUGUGAUAUCUCCCUACAGAAAAGACAGGGAUGCUUGUCGUGCACUGUUGCCUGAAGGGGAUUUCAUUGAGGUAUUCAUGGAUGUGCCACUCCAUAUAUGCGAGGCAAGGGACCCAAAGGGCCUGUACAAGCUUGCUAGAGCUGGAAAAAUUAAAGGUUUCACCGGUGUUGAUGACCCAUAUGAGCCACCUCUGAAUUUUGAGAUAGUAUUACCAGAAAAGGGAAACAACAUUGCUUCGCCAUAUGAAAUGGCUGAAACGGUGAUAUCUUACCUGGAGGAGAAGGGUUACCUGCGGGCAUAAGAAGUGAGAAACCUUGCAAUUCCUGGUUGCCAUAAUAUCAUGUGCUGAAUCAAUGGAAAUCUGGAUUCCUUCUAAAAUUAAGGAAAUUUAUUGCUUCCACAUUAGGUAAACUAUAUCUAUAUCCUGUUUCAGGCAUCAAGGAAACUUACUGUUUCCAGUGUAGAUAAUUAAUCGCUUGAUUAAUUAGUGGAAGUGUCUUCUUGAAGGCACGUUGUUUGGUAUUGGCUAGUGGAAGUGUCUUCUUGAAGGCACGUUGUUUGGUAUUGGCUAAGUUAUUGUAAUUAUUGGUUAUGAGUGAAAAGGUUAUGAGGUUUUUCAGUGAAAGGUGCCCUGAAAUUUGUAGAUUUUUUCAUUGUUCUUUAAUGUUAAGCAAACA